GCCCGCCGCUCUGCAUCCAGAGGCCAGGAGAGGAAGGAAGACUGAAGGUGAGCUGAUCAUAAUAUAUAAAUAUAUAUAUAUAUAUAUUUCAGCUCUCUUCUUACGAGGAAAGAUAUUUGGACAAACGGAGCAGAAAACCGACUAAACAUUUUGUUUGUGUUUGGAACCUCUGAUUUUUUAUUUCUUAUUUUUUGUUUUUAUGAAAAAGCCAAGUGACACAAAAUCCCUGGACUCGGAGCUAAACUUUCACUUGAUGCACAGAGAAUGAACUUUUAAAGAGUCAGUUUGACCCGAGGGACAUCUGCUGAAAGUUUUCUCCGCACCGUGGAGAAAUAAAAUCACAAACAAAUCCUCAGGCUGCUUUUCCAGAAUUGCGAGUGGUUCCAGUUUUAUGUACAGAAUGGAGGAUGAAGCGGGCUGUAAAAUAGUCGACAGGCCUGGAGAGACGAGGAGGAAUCACACAGAAGGACAGAGACUUUUAAAGCAGCCGCCGUUGAGCAGCUGGAGGAACCCAAACGGGAUCAUGCUCGGCAUGUUGGUGUCCCUUCUUUCCCUUGGACUUUGCGUUUUGGUGACAAUUCGGACCUCAGAACUGCAGGCCAGGAUACUGAGUCUGGAGCAGCAGCGGGACGCCUGGAUGAUGAGUCUGGAGCAGGUGGAGGCCCUCAUUAUGAACCGGGUAGAGCAGCUACUGGAGGAGAAACUUGCAACACAGAUGUCAAAGACACGGGAGACCAGAGAUGCUCCACAAAGUUGCCUUUGUCCUCCAGGACCUCCAGUAAGUAACACCAGACGCUGUAUUUGAACUUCAUGUGGUAAAGUUACAACUUUUGGCCAUUUUUGUGUGAACUGCACUGCUUGAGUUAAAACACUGUGGAAGAGCAUUUUGUCUGUCUGGGGAUGAGGAAGUUUAGAGUUUUCCUCCAGGUUUCAUGUUGUCACAUCUGUUUCCAUCGGGCUAAACAUUGACUUCAUUACUUUUGCUAUCAGAUGUAGUUUAUUUAGUAACUAGUUCUG